AUGAUUGAUAACAAAUACUCUAGCUUAUAAAUCUGUAUUGAUUCAACUCUUUCAGUUUCAGCAUUAUACAACCAGAACAUGGCGUUAAGGAGUUUAACAAUUACAAAAAUUAUUGUAGAAUUAGUUAUAGGCUUUCUGACAAUAAAUAGUUGUGCAAGCGAUAUGUUGUCGGGAUUUCAAGUAAUUGAAUCUUUUACAGGCGUAGCUGGUAAUGAAAAUUUUAAAUCUUCUGUAAAAUGGAACAAGAUCCAUAACAAAAAGAUUUCACUUGGAGAUAGUUCAAACAAUGCUACUAAUGCUAACGUCACUUCCACUGAUAGAUUUGUUCCUGUGGUAGUUACAGGGUUAAGAGGAGAAGGAAGCAAGGUAUUGGUUUCUACUGGUGGAGCAUCACUCAUUCCAGCCAACGAAGAGGUUACAUUGCGUUUAUUUGGAGUAAACUUUACAAAGCACAUUGCUAUAGCUUUUACAACUGUUAAACAACCAAAAGGCAGCAACUGCAAUGACUUACCAACCACAGAAGUAGUAUACCUGCAAGAAGAAGGGUUUUUAAGUAGUAGUGCAGUUUUUAUUCAAGUUUCUCUACCAGAUAUGGAAUUUACAGAUCAGUUCUACUUUAUGUGUGUGAAGAACAGUCCAGAGUUAGAUAAAACAAGUGGUUGGAUUCAUCAAGGAGAUGACCCAUGGAUGCGUAUCCAAACAGAAAGUAAGAUUUUUCCUUUGUGGUUACAGAUCUGUUUCAUUGUAAUUCUUCUGAUUUUAUCUGGCCUCUUUAGUGGUUUAAACCUGGGCUUAAUGGCUUUAGAUAAAACAGAAUUGAAGGUUAUUGAAAGUGUGGGUUCACCAACGGAAAAAAAAUUUGCACGAAUAAUUUCUCCUUUGCGUUCAAGAGGAAAUUACCUUCUUUGUUCUCUUCUACUUGGUAAUGUGUCGGUGAACAGUAGUUUAACCAUCUUAUUAGAUGGAAUUUCGUCUGGACUAAUUGCUGUUAUUGGAUCAACGAUUGGUAUUGUUAUAUUUGGUGAGAUAAUUCCUCAAGCCAUUUGCUCCCGUCAUGGACUGGCGGUUGGUGCUAGAACAGUAAUGCUCACUAAAUUCUUUAUGAUUGUGACAUUUCCAUUAUCAUUUCCGAUCAGUAAGAUCUUAGAUUGGAUUCUUGGUGAAGAAAUAGGCAAUGUGUAUAAUCGGGAGAAGCUUAUGGAGUAUAUCAAAGUAACCAAGGAUUAUAAUCAGUUAGAAAAUGAAGAAGUAAAUAUUAUUUCAGGGGCACUAGAACUGAAGAAGAAGACAGCAGCUGAAAUCAUGACAAAAAUAGAUGAUGUAUUCAUGAUUCCAAUUGACAGCAUUUUGAAUUUUGAAACAAUGUCAGAAAUUUUAAAACGAGGAUAUACCCGCAUUCCUGUUUAUGAUGCAGACAGAAACAAUAUUGUGUUUCUUCUGUUUACCAAGGAUUUAGCUUUUGUUGACCCUGAAGAUAAUACACCUGUCAAGACCCUCUGUGAGUUCUACAAUCACCCAAUUAGCUAUGUUUAUGAAGAUGAAACUCUAGAUGUACUCCUGGAAGAAUUCAAGAAAGGUCGUUCCCACAUGGCAUUUGUUCGUUAUGUUAACAAUGAAGGUGAGGGAGAUCCAUUCUAUGUUAUCCUUGGUGUGGUAACUCUGGAAGAUGUCAUAGAAGAAAUUAUUCAAUCAGAAAUUGUUGAUGAAACAGACACAGUGUCUGAUAAUCGAUGUAAGCAACGGCGUAAGGAUGCUCAGGUGAAGCAGGAUUUCUCAGACUUUGCUAAGAUAGGAGAAGGUCAACAAGGAAAGAACAUCAUAUCUCCUCAGUUGGCAUUAGCAACCUUUCAGUAUCUCUCUACAUCUGUUGAACCUUUCAGGAAGGAACUCAUAUCUGCAACAGUUCUUCGUCGUCUCAUGGCUCAGAACAUUUUCUUCACUCUUAAAAUGAGAACCAGAGAUGAUGCAAAUGCUCCUGCAAUGACCAUCUAUCAGGCUGGAAAACCUUCUGACUAUUUUGUUCUAAUUCUUGAAGGCCGAGUAAGGGUACAAGUUGGAAAAGAAAACCUAGUUUUUGAAGGUGGACCAUUUACCUACUUUGGAUGUUCUGCUUUAACAAAUAACAUUAUUCCAGGAGAAUCUGCUUCACAGCUUCUAGGACCUGGCUCAUCACCCAGCUUGACCAACACACCAUCAGAAUCAACCCUGUUGAAAGCAACCUUCAUUCCAGAUUACACUGUAGUGGCUGUCAGUGAUACAUUGUACAUGAAAGUUCACCGAGCUGUGUAUCUAGCUGCCUACAGGGCCACUUGUAUGGAACGCCAACAACAACGUUCUGAUUUCAAUCUGGAAGAUCCAUUUAAGGGGGAACUAGAGAAGGUCCUAAACACAGUGAACAUUCUUGGAGGUCGUUCAGAGCAGAUUGUCUUAUCACCUACAGCACCUUUUACUCAGAAUUUCUGUGAAGAUUCUAGCCCUCCAACCAAUCAUGAGACUGUGUCUAGGAAGAAGAAUGAGUGGCACACACCUCGAGCUAGUGUGGAGGCCAUCAAUGCUCCUAUACUAGCCAAUGCAGUUAAACAGAAUGGCACACUCAGUCCACCUCUGGUAAGUAUUCUACGGAUAGAAGCUGAAACACCAAAAAUUCAAACAGCAAAAGAGGAAGUCAGUACUGCAGAACAUGUAAAGCUAGAAGCAGUUGAUUCAGAAGCUACUAUUGAUGUCGCUAACCAGAAGUCAACUGAAUGCUCAGCAAAACAGGCUCCUCUACUGUCAUCAACAGAAGUUCAAAGUUGAUAUCUGGGCAGCUGAAGAAAACCUGUGAAUAUUGUGGACUACUGAUAUAAUGUUUUGUAGUUUAUUUCAUUCAUGUGCAUUGUAGAUAUUUUUAGUAUUUAUUAAAAUUUGCUUUUUAGCUAUUUUAGGCAAGCUUAAAGUAUACUAUUUCUUAUUAUAGUGACUUCUUUAUACAUAAGCUGAAAAGCAAACUUGUAAAUCACUGCUGUUAAAUUCAUUAAAAUGUAUAAAGUUGAAUUGGGAGAUAACUUUAACCCAAUAUGCUUUUAAAUGUUUCUUUUACACUUUCAUAGUAAUGUAUAAAGGUGUAUCACAUUUUUAUUUAGCUGUGUGUUCUAUAGUUGCAAUAGUUUCUUCCACAAUGUAUAAAGGUUUAGAAUUUGUUCUUGUAAGAAGAAAUAUUUAUAAUGUGUAACUGUAAAGUUUUAUUGAAUGUAGCUCUGUGAUAAAUAGAUUUGCACACUCCAAGAAAGAUGAAUAGGUAUGUCAUGGCACCUGUCAUGUUUUCUGGCAAUUACCAAAUGUACGAGAUUUUAACCUGAACUAAUAUGUACUAUCAUUAAAUGUCUAAAAAGGCAUGUUAGUAAUGUAUUACUAAUUGCAUAAUUCAUUAUUACUUUAAAUUUGGGCUAGAAGACAGUUGAUGAUUUUAGGUUGGUUGCUGGAGUCAUUUUAAAUUAUUUUAUUCAUUCCGCAGAGUUUUUAUUACAAGUUGUAAUUUUGUUUCCAGCUUUCUACUAGUUUGUUUAGAACAUGUAUUAAGUUAAUACUUUAUUUUUCAUUCUAUUAUUCAAAUCCAUUUGAUGAUCAUUACUACAUUUCUUUGUUAAAAUUCAGGUCUUUGGAAUGUAAAUAUACUAUAUUGUU